CGCUCACGAAGGAUCCCGAACCCCAAGAAACCAUAAUGAGUUUCGGCGCGGUGACUUGGCCCCCGAAUUCAUCAUCCAGAUACUCACUGAAAAUAGCCUAAUUUUUCCCAGUCAGUUACUUUGACGAGCUUCCACGGAUCUCUAUCUACUCGUGGCCACCUGCCGACGGAUCGGGUUUUUGAUGUCAGGGGUCAUCGGUCGGAAAUGCGGAAAUGGCUUCACUUCUUCGAGGACUUGGGCGUCAUUGCUUUCUUUGUUGCUCUCAGUGAUUAUGACCAGGUCCGUAGGGAAUUAGUCCUUCCUUGACGUCAUGCGUGUUGUUCGCCUGAAACCUGACCCCCACCCAGAGUCGAAUGGCUGAAUCGGUGGCUCUCGAUAUGUAACUCCAGAUGGCUCUCCAGUUCCUCAAUGGCUAGCCUGCUGCUCUCUUUCUGCACACCCAUAGAGAUUCUUGCUCGAUCCAAUACCUCAAUAAGAUCGAUCUCUUGGUGGACAAAAUCGAUUCAAAACCUCUUAGUUUAUACGUGAAGGACUACCGGGUUGAUCAGCCCCAUUCCUUAUUCCCAGUUCCCCUAGCUGUGAUACA